AUGUAAGUUAAAAAGACUGAGGUGGACGAGAGAAUCGAGCGCAUUAAAAAUCACAAGGGAGUUAAGGGUUUGCUUAUUGUUAACUACAGGGACGAUAAAGAUGGAGGUCAAAGCUAGCCUUAGUUCGUUAGAUGUACCAUGCCUUAGGGACCAGAAGCCACUAAUUACGGAGUUAAAUUAGCAUCUCUAGCAAGAUAAGCUAGAAAUCUAGUAAGAGAUUUAGACCCAUCUAAUGAUUUGACAUUCUUGAGAAUAACAUGUAAGAAAUACGAGAUGAUGAUAGCCCCUGAUAAAGAUUAUUUCUUGAUCGUUAUACAAUGCCCUAGUGAGGAAGAGGCUUAAUGA